AUGGAGCAAAGUUUGAUCAAUGCAACCACUUCAUCUGAGCCAUCUCUUAGUUUACCUAUCACAAGUGAUCCCACAUCCUCUAAUGAACCAGAAACACAUUUGGAGGUCAUUGCUCGUCUGGAGCAACGAGUAGCUGAACUAAGUCACAUGGUACUGCAAAAUCGGUCAUUUUCUCAAACUCCGCCACAUAUGACUCCAUCUCAGGGGGUUCGUCAGACUUUGCCUAUGCCACCUCCAUUCCCAAACUUAGACGAACUUAACCAAGUGAACUAUUUUACCACUUCUCAACCAGCUACUUCUGAACCUCUCACCCACCUAGUCACUCAAAAUGCUCCUCUCUUGUUUACAGCUACUUCUUCAAAGACUCAGUACAUACCGCCGGCACCUCAUCAAGUUCCGCCGGUAUAUACUUAUGCCACAGCUCCGCCAUUGACACAAACCCAAGGACUAUGUCACGCAGAUGUUGAUCAUUAUGUCGAAGUCGAAAAGGAGACAAGAGAAAUUAAUGAUGAAAUGAUAAAUAGAAAGCUCAAAAGUUUGGAGGAGGCUAUGAGAAGUUUGCGUGGACUCGGUAGUAACCAAAGCGUGAGAUAUGAAGAAUUGUGUGCAUUUCCUGAGGUAGAAUUGCCACCAGGUUACAAGAUUCCAAAAUUUGAGAAGUUUGAUGGGUCGGGAAAUCCUUUCUUCCAUUUGAAAGUCUAUUGCGAAAAGUUGAUUGGCGUAGGGAAAAAUGAAGGGAUAAGAGUCAAACUAUUUAAUCAAAGUUUAAGUGGGAAAGCUUUGGAAUGGUAUUCCAAGCAAGAUACAACCAAAUGGCGUACUUGGGAUGACUUGGCAAAUGCUUUUGUGGAUCAUUACAAGUUUCAUGUUGAGAUCGCUCCUGACAGAAUUUCAAUUACAAAAUUAAAGAAGAAGUCAGUUGAAUCAUUCCGAGAAUAUGCUAUACGGUGGAGGGAAGAAGCAUCCAGGGUACACCCUCCGAUGGAGGAAGCAGAAAUGGUCACUUUCUUCAUUCAGGCGCUAGAGCCAGAGUAUUAUGAACGUUUGGUGACAAUGGGUGGAAAAGCUUUUGCAGAAGUGAUCAAAGCUGGGGACAUGAUCGAAGAUGGCAUUAAGACAGGGAGAAUAACAAGUCUAGCAGCAUUGCAGUCUACUAGUAAGGCCAUACAAACUGGCGCUCUCGGAAAUGGAAAGAAAAAAGAAAAAGAAGCGACAGCGGUAAUGGCUCUAGGAAACACCUCAUACCACCAUCAACAACCUCCACGAUACCAGUCUAACGCUCUCCACCCACAAUAUUUUCAAUAUUCAUCACAGCCAUACAACCAAGCUUUGUUAUCUUACCAACCUCAAUCACCACAAAUUUCCUAUCCCGUCUACCACACACAACCAACAUACCGACCUCCGCGACCGCCAACAUACCAAGCUCCACCAUCACAAUCUCAUCAUCCAAACAAUGCAUCCGCACCUCGCCCAAAUAGACCUUUCCGUAAUUUUACACCGCUAGGGGAGCCGUUAAGCGUUGUUUUUGAAAGACUGCAAGCUUCAGGCUUAUUAUAUCCUGUGGAAGGUAGAAUUCCAGAUCCACUGCCCAGAAGUUUUGAUCCCACUAAAACGUGUGCAUAUCAUUCGGGGGUAAAAGGCCAUGCUACUGAUCGUUGUUACGCAUUGAAACAUAAGGUUGAAGAUCUUAUUGAAGCAAAACAGAUCAUGGUCAAACAGCCGACACCAAAUGUUGAUAACAACCCACUCCCGACACAUGAUGAGGCCUCGAUAAAUAUGAUCGGAACAAAUGAAAAUGAUGACGAUCCGGUCAAAUUUAUAGUGCCUGUGAAUAGCGUGGAAGAUCACGAUCUUAUAGCCGUUGCUUCUCCGGCUAUAGUGGUAAGAGGUUGUGUGCCUGUCGAGAUAUUAGGAGCUUCAUCAACACCUGUGGAGAUAGCUCAAGCGCCAAAUCAGUUGCCAGUACUCGAUACCAAAGCCGUACCAUGGAAUUAUCAACAAGCUGUGAUGGAAUGUCGAGGGAAAGAAACGAUCACUGACAAGAUUAAGACGUCAGGAAUGACAAGGUCCGGAAGAAAUGCACUCUUGAAGAUUUUGAGUGAAGCAUGCGUUCCGACUGAAACAACUAGUGAGACAUUAGCUGGAAUGAUUGAGCGCGUGCUUGACAGUCAUCGAAUCAGCUUCGAUAAUGAGAAUCGCCACCGAGGGAUGUAG